AUGACGACCAGUGCAGGUAUUUUUCCGCAGCUAGGAAUGCGGGACUUCUGGGAUGAAUACUUUUGGUUGCCGGAGAACACAUCAUGGGCGGAUAUGAAGAAUACAAAUGCUAUAAGUUAUCCGCAGGUCGCUGAUCUCCGGUACACUAUCACAUUUGGUUUUGCUUUGCUGGUUUUUCGGAUACUUUUGGAAACGUUUGUUUUUCUACCUAUAGGGUGGAUUGGUGGUUGGAUCUCUUCUCCCCUUUUACCUCGCAUAUGGACGCAUCUCUCUGGUGGUUUCGCUGGCAGAUCCAAAUUCAAACGAGUAGCUGAAAGUGGCUGGCGUCUCUCCUUUUAUGUUUGUGCCUGGGCAGCAGGCUUGAUGAUUUUGAUGGGCGAACCGCAGCUGAAGGACGUAUCUGAAUGUUGGCGAGGUUGGCCACAUCAUAAUAUCUCUACAGCAGUCUGGUGGUACUACAUCUUAGAAGCCUCUUUUUAUUGGGCCCUUUUUAUCGGUACUUUAUGUGUCGAUGUCCGCCGAGCAGAUUUUGUACAAAUGUUGCUGCAUCAUGCUAUUACUAUAUUAUUGCUCUACCUAAGUUGGGCUAUGAAUAUGGUUCGAGUGGGUACAUUGGUGCUUUUCGUUCAUGACGCUGCCGAUAUUUUGAUAGAAACUGCUAAGAUUGCGCGUUAUGCCAACUGGCAGACUACUCUUAACGUUUUAUUUGUGAUUUUUCUGAUUGUCUGGACCGCGACGCGUCUCAUCUACUAUCCGUUCUGGAUUAUACAAUCUAUUUGGUUUGACGCCCCGGAAUUAAUUCAGUCAUCUUAUCGUUGGGCAAACCUAUGGCAACGUCCUUUAGUACCUAGAGUGCUGAUGGUCAUGCUAUCGUUACUGUUGGUGCUCCACGUGUUCUGGACCUAUGUUAUACUUAAAGUAAGUCUC